UCUCGCUAUAAGUAACCUCAAGAGAUUUAACCAGUUAGCGAUGAAUAGCCGACUGGUUCUGUUACUGUUAGCUGCUGGCGGCCUCGUCGACUUUGCCACAUCGAAUUCUCUGGAUCUCGUUGGCAAGCACAACUAUCCGGUGGAGCAGCACAAGCUGGCGACCAGCGAUGGCUACAUUCUCACCAUAUUUCGCAUUCCAUAUUCGCCGCGUAAUGGAGAGGCGCGAGCACACAAGGCAGCUGUCUUUCUGCAGCACGGUAUCACUGGGUCCUCCGACGACUGGCUGCUCAACGGCCCCAGCAGUGGGCUGCCAUUUCUGCUGGCCGAUGCGGGCUUCGAUGUGUGGCUGGGCAACUCUCGGGGCAAUUCGUACGGACGCGCGCACAACGGACUGGAUCCCAAGAAGGCAGCAUUCUGGGAGUUCAGCUGGCACGAGAUCGGUGCCUACGACCUGCCAGCCCAGAUCGAUUACGUGCUUGGGGUCACGCACCAGCCGGCGCUGCAUUUUAUUGGUCACUCGCAGGGCGGUACCGCGUACCUGGUGAUGCUCGCGGAGCAUCCGGAAUACAAUGAUAAAAUACUGACGACAAAUCUGCUGGCACCCCUGGCCUUCUGCAGUCACAUGAGGUCGCAGCUCAUGACGAUGGUUCUGAAGGUAGAAGAUUACAUGGUUGAGGGGGAAUAUAGCCCCGGUAGCCUGACGCAGCACAAGUCCUCCGACGCAUUCUGUGCCGCUCCGUUGUGGAAGCAUGUCUGUCAAGACAUCUUGUUCACGCUCAUUGCUGGCAAAUCUCCUCACAUUAAGAAACUCACCGCGAAGCUUCAAAAGACUGCGACGUCGGGGUUCUCCAACAGGCUGCUGAAGCACUACGCCCAGGUUUUCAAGACGGGACGCUUCGCCAAGUACGACUACGGGAGUGCCACGAAUCUACGGGUUUACGGUACGAGAAGGCCACCACUCUACGCCCUGAGCAACGUUGCUCCGUUAACAGUGAACAUGUUCUACAGCGACAGCGACCAGUUGCUGUCGGUCGAGGAUGCUGAGACACUUGCCCAGCGGAUUAGUGCCAUUCAGCAUCAUGUGGAGGUGGAAGACUGGAACCAUUUGGAUUUUCUUUACGCCACAAACGUGGUGAAGGUCAUCUACCGAGAUCUUAUUCAAUCAAUCCGUGACCAUAAUCCAAGGCUCAUCUGAUUUGCAUGCUACUUAAAUACAUGCCGUAAAAGGCUUGCUCUUAAUCCUCUA